UCUCCACACCACAUGUAACGGAGCAGAGUGUUACUGCAAAACAUGUUAAAAUCGCGAUACAUUUGAUGCCACUGUUUAGUCUUCGGGCGCACUCGACUUGAAACUGCUGUGCAAUUUUCUAAGCGUUGUUUAAGUGAAACGGCAGUGAUGAUCUCUCCAGUGACAUGGGUGUCAGCACUGUUGGCGGGUAUCUUUUCGGUGCGUAUUGCACAAAAAAUGCAUUUUCCUUACUUUUGGAAAGACUUCUUCUACUUGCUGAAAGUAAUCAGAUAUGGCAUUCGCUUGGAAAUAUACAAACGGACUAAAAGAGUGGUGACAGUCAUUGACAGAUUUGUUCAACAGGCUGCAGAAAUUCCCAACAAGACCUUUCUUAUUUAUGAAGGAGUCAGUUACACCUAUGAAGAGAUUGAUAAACGAAGCAACAAGGUGGCACAGGUGUUUGCCGAACGGGGAACCGUGAAGAAAGGAGACACUGUUGCGCUGCUGAUGAGCAACGAGCCAGAUUUCGUGUGUGUCUGGUUUGGAUUGAGCAAACUGGGAUGUUCUGUGGCUUUCCUCAACAUAAACAUUAAAUCAAGAUCCCUGUUGCAUUGUUUCAACUGCUGUGGAGCCAAACUUAUGGUUGUUGGUGCAGACUUGUUGGACACCUUGGAGGACAUUCUGCCCAACCUCCAAGAGGACAGCAUCUCAGUAUGGGCCAUGAAGAAGAAAACGGCCUAUCCUGGGGUCAACACCCUCAUGGACAAGAUGGAGGAGGCCUCGGACAAACCUGUCCCAGCUAAGCUUCGGGGUAUCACUUGCCUCAAAACGCCAAACCUCUACAUCUUCACUUCAGGGACAACCGGGCUGCCCAAAGCGGCUGUGAUCACACACCUGCAGUCACUGAAAGCAGCAGCGGGCUUCUGGGCGUACGGUGGCACCAGCGAUGACGUGAUCUACACGCCCCUGCCCCUCUACCACAGUGCUGCCUCCCUGGUUGGCAUCGGAGGGACUAUCGAAAUGGGUGCUACAUGUGUCCUGAAGAAGAAGUUCUCCGCCUCACAGUUCUGGAAUGACUGCAAGAAACAUAACGUAACCAUCUUCCAGUACAUCGGAGAGCUCUGUAGAUAUCUGUGCAACCAGCCCAAGGGAGAGAAUGACAAGCAGCACAAAGUGCACAUGGGUGUUGGGAAUGGCCUCCGACAGGACGUGUGGCGCGAGUUCCACCGGCGCUUCGGCGAGAUCCGCAUGUGCGAGCUCUAUGGCUCCACCGAGGGCAACCUCUGCUUCAUGAACCACAUCGGCAAGAUCGGCGCAGUUGGACGCUCCAACUUCUUCUAUAAGCUUCUGUUUAAGUAUGUGCUGGUGAGAUACGACAUGGUGAGAGACGAACCAGUGAGGAACAAGCAAGGCUUCUGUGAACCAGUCAGGAGAGGUGAAUCGGGACUGCUGCUGUCCAAGAUAAGCCCCCAAAGUCCAUUUUUCGGCUACGCUGGCAGUAAACAGCUGACGGAGAAGAAGAUUCUGAGGGACGUGUUUGCGAAAGGGGAUGCCUACUUCAACACAGGGGACCUCAUGGCUGAGGACGAUGAGGACUUCAUCUCUUUCAAGGACAGAGUUGGGGACACCUUCAGGUGGAAGGGUGAAAACGUGGCCACAACAGAGGUGACGGAGAUCCUCGGACUGGUGGACUUUAUUCAGGAGGCCAAUGUGUACGGGGUGGAGGUUCCAGGAAAUGAGGGAAAAGCAGGAAUGGCUGCCAUCAUUGUAAGACCUGACUUCAAGUUUGAUGGAAAGAAGCUGUUCGACCAUGCAGUCAGGGACCUGCCAACCUAUGCACGCCCUCUGUUCAUAAGGCUACAGGAGUCUAUGGAGAUGACGGGCACCUUCAAGCAGCAGAAAUUUCAACUGGUGGCAAGUGGAUUCAACCCUUCCACAAUAACAGACCCUCUGUACUUCCUGGACUACUCGCAGAAAUGCUACGGCCCACUGACCACCUCGGCCUACGAAUCCAUUCUGGGAGGCCAGUGUAAGCUAUAGCUGCACUGGCUCACUCUACAAACAAACAAACAAAAGAACAAACAAAAUGGCUGCAAUCCCGAACGAUAAGAUGACCAAUCGCGGUGUGACAGAAGAGAAACCUUUUGUGGGUUGCCAGGCUCAUUUAGUCCUCUUGUAUAUUUCAUGGGAGUCAAACGCAACCUUUUGAAUCAAAUCCAUUUGUGAAUAAUGAAUGGCACCAUUUUCUUUGUGUUUGCGCCUCGCCCUGGUCCAGAAUCACUCAAUAAUGAAUUAGAGACGCUAAGAGGGUCACUGUGGCUCUCACUGACCUCCGCCAAAAACGUCAAGAGAUUAGACGAGCGGUCAGUGACGAGGCAAUCAACCAAGAGCCACACGGGGGGCUUAGCAAUGUAACGCAACUGACAGGUGUCCGGUUCCUCCAUGUCGAGAUUCUUUUGUCCAGGUAAGAUAACCACACGUCUGGCUGAUGUCCCCUGGCCGAUCCUUUAGAGUGUCUGUCACUGCUACCCUCUCACUUCUGGCUGUUGUAAGUGCUGUUUUAAAAAACAGACCAUAAUAAGAAGAGUGAUUAAAAACCAAGUUUAAAAAAAAAAAAAAAAAAAGUUUACAUGUAUAGCUUUGUAAUUGUUUGGUCAAAUUUGACAAGUUUGUGAUUCUGCUGUACUGGGAGAAAAUAUUCCAAUAUGCUUGAUCAUCUAUGUCAAGAUAAACUUAACAUGCUUUGUGUUGAACUUCUCAGAAGACUGUUGUAAUUAAUCAAACAAUUAAAUUAAAUGGAAACACAAUGCAGUUAUAGUUUAUAGUAGAGCUACAAAAAUAUUAAGCAUUGCACAAUGCUGAAAUGUUAUCCAGAUGGUCAUCCCAAUUCGCCAUAAUGUUACAAUGGAGGAGUUGUUUAAAGCCUUUUUUGGAAGUAAUGCACAUGAUGGUACUGUACUGUUAACAUGCCAUACAACUUCAGUAACAACAUUACCAGAUAAAGCAAAGUAUUUGUAUUUGUGACCUAGAGAUGGUUCGGUUAUAUUUUGUUCUGUGAAAAUCAGAUAUGUUGCAAUACUACUGGAGAUAGUGCCUUUAGAUUUUUUUUUUUAAAAUAAAUACUGUAGCUAUCAUAGCUACAGUAUUUACAGUAUAUGUAAUGUAACGCUUUUGUCCUUGCACAAUGACUAUAGCUCUUGAAUCUUAUCAAGAAUAUGACCUCCUCACCACUCCAGUGUCAACUGUAUUAUAAGUAGUGGUUUCUUUAAAAGCUUUGGGAGUCGAGAUUCAAGUUCUGCAAAGCACCUGUGUCUUCCUAGAAUGACCAUUCUUAUAUAAUUUAUCUAGUCCUACACAAAACAACAAACACAUUUCCUCCUUAUUUCCUGACUUUUGUUUACACUUCAUUAAACUUAAGAACAUAUUGUUAGAUAUAUUGUCAGCCAAUAUUGUCUUUUGUUUUGUGUAUUUCACUGGAUCUUGUUAUGAUAUGUUUGGUCUCAGGAAGGAGGGAAUAGAUAGAGAGAUUUUAAAGAAUGCACAAUUGGAUUCAAGUUGCUGUUUACAGCUUGCAGAGAUGCUGAUUUGACAUUUCUAAGGGGUCUGUAACUUGUGCUGAUAGGUAUCCCUCAUCAGCAUUACCUUUGUGAUGUAUUUUUAAUCAUGGCUGAUUUUGUUAAUUUAAUGCAGGGUUUUUUUUUUAUCUUUAAUUGGUGAAAUAUUUUAAAUGCACUGGGCAUUUGGAUUCUUUUAACGAGUUAAAUGUCUUUUAUGUUAAAUAGAUGUUUUAUUACAAGUUUAAUAUGGGAGUGAUUGUGCCUAGUUUAUAGUCAUAAAGACAGCCUUUUGUCAUGUUGUCUUUUAGGUGUAAAUGUGAUUUCACCAAUUCCAUCAAACACAUAUAUUCUCAGUUAUACACAUUUUUUGUCCAGCAUCAGACUAUUUGUAAAACAUAAAAUAUGUUUUAAUACAUGCCAUUAAACACUAUUUGGAAUAAGUCUGUUAGUAUGUUACGUCAUUUAUCACAGGUUUUGUCAUUUUAAAAUUUGGGGGCGACAGCUUUCCAUAUUAUUUGUCUAUGCGAAUUCAAACAAUACAUUUCUGUUUUUCAUUAUCACUGGUUUCUUAUGAGAAUAUUUUUUGUGACACCCUUGAAUGUGUUAAAGGGAAAAGAAUGUCAACAAACUUGUCUUACUUACGACUCAUUUCAAAUGAUGUGUAUAGUGUGUUGGAUUGGAUGCUACAGAUCAUUCUGUAUUCAUGUGUCAUCCUCAUUUUUUAAGAUGUCCAAUUUUCCAGCAAUGAUAAAAAACUACUGUUAUUACAGAAUGGCAACUCUAAUCAUAACAUGCACUGUAUAAAGUUGAGUCAUUAAAAGAAAGAAAAAUC